CAGAUCGUCAGAUCAAGGUCUUCAAGAUGAGCUCCACAAAUAUCUAGAAGCAAGAGGAAUUAACAAAAGCUUCGCGGAAUCGCUCUUACACCACCUACACAGAAAGGAACAAGGUCUAUACAUCGAGUGGUUGCACAAACUGCAAGCUAUUGUAACACCAAGUGAAUCACGCGAUGAACGCCCCAUGCAGGAGAUAUAGAUGCUUGACUUGAUUCAAUUCAUGACAUUAAGGUACUAUUGGUUUACUUGCAAUUUUUGUUGGUUUCUACUCGUCUUCAACUGGCGUAUUUGUACCCAGCUACAUGAUUGGAAGUCUCCGUUUUACGUUUUAUUCAUACGUAACUCCCUUCUCGUUGUACUGAAAUAGAGAGGCUCAAGUUAUUUUGUUGAAAGAGGAAGGGAGCGCUUGAUGUUUUGAGGUUUACUUGCAAUUUUCGUUGGUUUCUACCUGUCUUCAACUGGCUUAUUUGUAUCCAGCUACAUGAUUGGAAGUCCCCGUUGUACGUUUCAUUCAUAGGUAAAUCCUUUCUCGUUGUACUGAAAUAGAGAUAUGAGUUAAACGACGAGUGUCAACUUGCAUGAUGUAAGUUGAGUAAUCAUACAUUAUUUUGUUGAAAGAGGAAGGGAGCACUUGAUGUUUUGA